UUGCAGAUGACGUCCCCAACAACUAUCCUAAACUGCGUGUUUGAUUCGUAGGUUUUGAAAGGUAGCUGCAUCGUAGGAGGCCGCGUCCAAUAUCCGGCCAGCCUUCUUAAACUCAGUUACUUAGACAAGAAGGAAAUACUUGAGGCGGUGGCAGCUCCGUUCAUCUCCAGCAUAGAGAGGCACUAGUCAUGGGGCCUGGCGGACCUGGCGGAGGACCCGGCGGCCCUGGAGGUCCUGGGUUCGGCGGCCCUGGAGGUCCCGGUUUCGGUCCCAGUUGGGGUCCCGGACCUGGCGGUCCUGGUUGGGGCCCCGGACCUGGAGGUCCGGGAUGGGGUCCUGGACCGGGAGGUCCCGGCUGGGGCCCUGGUCCUUGGGGCCCUGGUGGUUUCUUUGGUGGAUUUGCAAAUGGCAUCUGCAGCAUGAUAUCCUCUUGCUUGUAUUGCCUCUGUUGUUGCUGGUUGCUCCAGGAUUGCUUUGGUGGUCCACCUCCUUUUGGACCUCCAGGUCCGGGAGGCCCUGGAGGCCCACGUCCUUUCUGAUGGGAUUUUCUCAAGAGGUUGAAAUUACUUUCUAGUUGGCGUUCCUAUGGCAUUCAUUUUACGUUAAGAUGGGAGAUACCUUUUCUAAUCUAUGUUAUGUGACAUUAUCAUAAGCCAGCCAUUUGAUUCUGUUACAAUCAUGAGUCGUUUUGCUUUUCUUAAGGAUCUCCAACUUGAACAGUGAACACGUUAUUUCAAUUGUUGAUUUGUACUGUUCCGUAUUUUGUUAUGGAUAUGUUGGAUUAUUUUUAGUCAAUAUUGUGAAAUUAAUUGCCCUGGGUUGUAUUUCGUAA